AUGAGGCGGAUAUUUACGGCUGCUAAGCUUUCAAGAGAUUUUCUUGGAGUGAUCAAGGAUACUGCCAAGUGUGCUGGUGUGCGAUGUCUAUCGAGUUCGCACAGGCCGGAAUUGGAUUUCGAUUACCUUUUGAAUGAUGCCAAUUUAGAUGAAAUUAGAAAGAAUAUCGCUGAAAGAAAAGGUGUUGGUGACAUCGACGCCGUUCGUCGCAAAUGGAGUGAACUGGAGCUGUUAAUGAGUGCGCCAAAGAAGCCUCUAAUCACCGAAACUCAGUUGAAGAAGAUGUGGGACGAAUUAUACUUCGAAGCUUCUCGAAUACCGAACAUGUGCCAUCCAGAAGCUCCUCGGGGAAGUAUGGAAAAUGCUAAGGUAAUGGCGACAUGGGGCGAGAAAAGAGAAGGUCCCUGUGUCACAGCUGAAAAACUGAUCCAGUCGUGGCGAACAUUAUAUUUUCCCAGUGAUGCCUCCGGAGAGAGAAGCUAUGCUUUUGUUGGUGCUGUUGCAAAUUUGGAAAGGGCGCUGCUCGAAUAUGUGUUCGAUCGCGUGUCCGCUCUCGAUUUCAAGCCUGUGUCUGUACCGGAUAUUCUCUCAAAAGAAAUUACUGAAGCAUGUGGCGUGAUUCAGCGAGAGGAAAAAGACAUUCAGUAUUCUCUACGAAAUGAGGAAGAUGUUGCCCUCUCUGGUACAGCCGAAAUGGGCAUUUCUGCAUUGUUGAAGAAUCGCAUUUUCCAAGAGGAACAGCUUCCGUAUCGGCUAGUGGCAAUGAGCAGGUGUUAUCGUCCGGAAGUGAGUAAUUCAGCCAGUGAGGCGAAGCUCUAUCGAGUUCAUGAGUUCACAAAGGUCGAAAUGUAUGUAGUGUGCGCUCCGGAGCAAAGUCAGCAAGAAUUGGAUUAUUUGGUAGAUGUUCAAAAGGGCACGUUUGAGUCUUUGGGUUUACACUGCAGACAAAUGGAUAUGCCAAGCGAGGAGUUGGGAGCACCAGCAGCUCGAAAAGUGGAUAUCGAGGCGUGGAUGCCUGGACGACAGCUUUUUGGAGAAAUAUCGUCUGCCAGUAAUUGCACAGAUUACCAAGCAAGAAGGUUAGGGAUACGCUAUAUCAAUAAGGCAGGAGAAAAGAAAUUUGUUCACACCUGCAACGGUACCGCAGUAGCCUCAACAAGGACCCUCAUCAGUAUAUUGGAAACGUUCCAGACGGAGCGAAAAAGCUUAGAAAUGCUUCCGGAGGUGCUCAGGAACCGACUAAAGACAGUGCGACCACCUCCAUUGAAGUUUCAAUUAGCAAAGCCUUUAGCAUAG